AUGGCGGUGAAGGAGUCAAUCACAGAUCUUAGUUUGGUUUCUCGCAGCAAAAGAAGAAAAAAAGAUGAUCGGGAUGAAGAAUCGGAAUCGGAACCAUUGUAUGAAAACAACAAACUUCCCGAUGCUAUGUUGUUGGAGAUCCUUUAUCGACUUCCUUGUCGAUACGCUGUACGGUACAAAUCCGUCUCAAAGCACUGGCUUUCUCUUAUUUCCGAUCCUUAUUUUAUUCGCGGAUUCAUUCACCACCGCCACCAGCUCUUCGGCGACGACUGUUAUUACUCCUCACAGUCACAGUCACAGUCGUGCUCCUUUACUCAUGUGUUACAGUAUCCAACUAAGUCUGACAAUCCCAACGAAGAUGAUAUCCGAGUUCUUUCAUCUGAUAAUUCUUCACUGUUCAAAUCCGAUCGUAAGGGACUCGAUUUUCUCAACUUUCUUCCGGUUGUAAGAUUAAAAUACCCAACUCACAUCGAGGCAUCGUUUGACGACUUAUUGCUGGUAUGCAGCCAAGUUCCAACGAAUAGAAUGGAGAAAAAAAGUGGCUUUUACGAGGAAUACUACAUCUGCAAUCCGCUUACAAAAGAAUGGCUCAAGCUCCCUCGUCUUCCAUCUGACAACAACGCCGCAAUUGUUGUGGUCGGGUUUGUAUGCCUUCCCAAUAGCUGUGACAAUGAGCAAGGGUGUAUUAACAAUGCCCAUUACAGAUUUAGGGUGGUACGCAUUGGUUGUCUACAUGCUGAAUCCGGUACUACGCAAACUCAAUUACAGGAGAAAGUAUAUGAUGUUUCAGGAACUCCACGUCAGCCAUUAGUUGGCGUUUCUAGGCCUAAUAAGAAAAUGACACCUGGUUAA